GUCAUACUACUCAAUGGGGAGAAGUGAAAUCUCGUAAGUCUAAGAAAGAGCAUAGUAAUAAAGCUAAGGCGAGCGGACAACAAUUUGGAAGCUCUCGCGGACAUCAAAAAGGUCAUAGUGACCGUGACCGGCCCCGCGGUGGUGGUUUUCGUGGCGGAAGAAAUAGUGAUCGUACCCGAGGGCCAAGAAAAGAAAAUGGCUCGGGCUAUACUCGACCUCCACGACAGCAAAAUGGACCUAACACCAAUAAUGAUGACACAAGCAAUGGUACUCAUUCCAAAUUGGGCGCUGAAAAUGCUGGUGGGAAAUGGGUCAACAACGAAGGUGCCGGUGGCGAUUGGAAUGGUAAUUCCAAUGAAAACUGGACCGAUUCUAAAGGUCCAGCAUGGAAUGCCGACAAUAACACCGGUGACUGGAGUGUCGAUAAUCCAACUCAAGGUUCAUGGACUAAUGACAAUGCAGCGGACAAUAAAAAAGUCAAUUUGGAAAACGACACAUCCACUGACAAAGUUCAAAGUAGUUGGGCUAACGAAGUUCCCACAGAGAAUUCCCAAGUGGCCUGGAAUGAUAAUGAAACCAAUAAUAAUUCUGGAG